UUUGAGGUGCAGACACCAAACCCUUUUCCUAACAAUCUCUCUCUAUAUACACACACAUUUAUCAUCUCAUCAUUCAAAAUUUUCAGACAUUUCAUUAUUCUAGCAAGCUACUCAAAUCUAGAAAAUAUUAUCUUGCAUAGUUGUCAUGGGAGUUACAAGCAUCACUCAAGAAUUUAGCAGCCCGGUGGCACCGGAACGCCUGUUUAAGGCCUUGAUCCUAGACUCUAACAACCUAAUACCAAAACUCCUACCUCAAUCCAUCAAAAGUGUCGAUUUACUACGAGGAGAUGGAGGAGCCGGAAGCAUUGAGCAAGUCAACUUCACCGAAACUAGCCAUUUUAAGUACGUGAAGCAUCAGAUAAAUGAGCUGGACAAACAGAACCUUGUGUGCAAGUACACGAUGAUUGAGGGCGAUGCAUUGGGCGACAAGCUUGAAUCCAUCGUGUACGAGAUCAAGUUUGAGGCAUCCGACAUUAAUGGUGCAGGUUGUGUGUGCAAGAUGACGAGUGAGUACCACACCCUUGGAGGGUAUGAAGUUAAGGAGGAAGAAAUCAAGGGCGGGAAAGAGAGUGCGAUGGGCAUAUACAAAGUUGUGGAAGCUCACCUCUUGGAGAAUCCCCAUCUUUAUGCUUAAUAUGCUUAUAUAUGUUCUUGUCUGAAUCUGUGUUCUCAGUUCAAAGUUAAACUUGCUAGCUUCAUUACAACAUGGAGUGUAAUAGUUAAUCCAUCCCACACUGGAACUACAUCAACAAGGAGGGCUACGAGUCAUAUAUAAAAAGAGCCGGGCCGCCUCUGUUUAAAGCAUACCUUUCUCGGCCUUUUGGCUAAGAUCAAGUGUAGUAUCUGUUCUUAUCAGUUUAAUAUCUGAUACGUGGGCCAUUGGCCCACAUGAUAUUAAAUUAAUUUUUUUAGGGGGAAGGCCCGAUAAGGUAGCUUGCUGCCUGGGCCUUCGAGCGUCGCCCAUGCGUUGCACUACUGCAAGGGCCUGGCGCACCCCACCAAUCCUCGUCUAUAUUAUUGAUUGAAGUAUUUUCUAACAUUAUGGCAAAGUGUUGCGUCAGGCGCUCGUACGAGAAAAGAGGCAAUACUGUUAUAGACGUUUAACAAUUUAAGAUACAAAUGGGAGCAGUACUUUUUGUCUUGUAGAUAAAUUAGAUUCAUGAUAUGAACAGGUUGACACAUUAUCCUAAAAACUACAAUUUCAAUCUAUGCGGUAAAUGAUCAAAAAUAUAAUUUUUAUACCAAAAGGGACGGGUUUUGGACAUCCUAAAUAGGCACAAAGGUAGCAUAGUCAUACAUAACUAAUGCGAAUUCCCCGCAGCCUCAACGUUCUAAGCCUAAGGUCCCAAACAUAAGACACAACACAUGGAAAAGAAGAGAUUCUUUGCAUGCCCCACAAUGCACAAACUUGCAAAUUAUUCCCUCUCCUCCAUAUAUCGAUUCCAUGUUACUCAUCCACUGUGUUCGACAACAAAGCUACUUUUCUAGUUUCUCUUCAUUACCUAAUCAUGCUUCCAGAUAUGAAGGUAUGUUGUUUUACCUCAUGUACUCAUACACGUAGGCUAAGAGAUUUUAGUUUUACGUUUACCAUUUUCACAUCCCAUCAUAUGGUGUAAACACAGAAGGCUCGAGUCACGGAGAUAAAAGUUCGGAUGGAUUGUAAUGGCUGUGUACGGAAGAUCAACAAAGCUCUUCAUGGCAUCACCGGUAUAUAUGAUAUCUACGUUGAUUUAUGUCAGCAGAAGAUAACAGUAGUUGGGUGGGCAGAUCCUGAUAUAAUAGUCAAAGCCAUCAUGAAAA